AUGAAUCAAUUACAGCCACGCCGCGUUCACAGUCGAGUCCGGGACGAUGGGAACGGCGGGAACGGCGCAGAGGGACGUUUAGAUGAAAGCGUUCCCUGGGAUGAAGAGGAGGAGGAGAACAAAGUGGAGGAGGAUGAAGUGGAGGAGAACGAAGAGGAGGAGGAGGACGAAGAGGAGGACGACAAAGUGGAGGAGAACGAAGAGGAGGAGGAUAAAGAUGAAAAGGAUGAGGAGGAGGAUGAAGAAGAGGACGAUGAAGAGGACGACGAAGAUCAAGAUGAGGAUGACAAAGAUGAAGAGGACAAUGGAGAGGAGGAGGACGAUGAAGAUGACGAGAAGGAUGAUGAAGACGAAGAGGAUGACGAAGAUGAGGAGGAAGACGAAGAUGAUGAUGAAGACGAAAAGGACGACGCAGACGAGGAGGACGAUGAAGAUGAGGAGGAGGAACGGGAGGAAGAGGACAAUGAGAAGGGUUAA